UGUCAAAUACUAAGUAUAAAAUGAACUGAAAACUUUUCCAAAAACUGAAUCUUCCUUGGCCUUGUUGGGCCUCAUUCUGAGAGGGACACAAAUACUCAAGAGGAAACUUAAGGUCUUCUUCUCUUCCUAAAGCAUACACCUUCCUUUGCACGAUGUCCAGCCCUGCAUUCUCAAGACUGCCUUUAUUUAAGAGGGUAAUCAAGAAGAAGAAGAAGGAGGAGAAAUGGCUCCCAUGUUCCUGACAGCCAGGUCCCAGGAAUCAGUUACAUUCAAGGAUGUAGCAGUGAACUUCACCCAAGAAGAAUGGCAGCAACUGAACCCUGUCCAGAGGGACCUCUACAGGGAUGUAAUGCUGGAGAACUACAGAAACCUCAUUUCACUGGGGCUUCCCAUUUCUAAACCUGAUGUGAUUUUCCAAUUGGAGCAAGGGGAAGAGCCUUGGAUAUUUGAUUUACAAGGAACUGAAGAAAAAACAGUCCCAAGAAAUACUUCUCUAGUUUCCAGCUGGGAAUAUAUUCCUGAAUUCCAGAAAUCAGUUCCAAAGCAAAACAUUUCUGAAGAAGAAGGAUCACCAGACACAUUAACAGAAAGAAUUGGAGGAGAGAUUUCUGUAUCUGAGGACAGAUUUGAGAAGCAGAGAGAAAACUCUGAAGGAAAGACAAAAGAAAAAUCCCUUUCUCAUGAGAAAAGUUUCAAGCAAAUAUCAAUAACUCCUACCAAAAUCAACACUAAAGAGAGAGGCCAUGAAUGUAAUCAGUGCAGGAAAUCCUUUUUUGAUCGUUCUUCCCUUAAUCGACAUCAGAGAACUCAUACUGGGGAGAAACCUUAUGAAUGUAAAGAAUGUAGGAAAACCUUCAGCCAUAGCAGCAGCCUUCGGAGACAUGAGAUGACCCACACAGGAGAAAGUCCCUAUGAAUGUAGUGAAUGUAGGAAAGCUUUCUAUGACCGUUCAUCUCUUGCUGUGCAUGAGAGAAUUCAUACUGGAGAGAAGCCAUAUGAAUGUGAUGACUGUGGGAAAGCCUUCUUUGACAGAUCAUCUCUCACUCGACAUCAAAGGAUUCAUACUGGUGAGAGUCCCUAUGAAUGUAAUGAAUGUGGGAAAGCCUUUAGUCAAAAAAGCAUACUUACUCGACAUCAGCUAACACAUACAGGAGAGAAACCUUAUGAGUGUAAUGAAUGUGAAAAAGCAUUCUUUGGCCUCUCAUCCCUUAUUCGACAUCAAAGGACUCAUACUGGAGAGACUCCCUUUAAAUGUAAUGAAUGUGGGAAAGCCUUUUUUGAUCGCUCAUCCCUUACUCAACAUCAGAAAAUUCAUAGUAAAGAGAAGCCUUUUGAAUGCAAUGAAUGUGGGAAAGCCUUCAAUCAAAGAAGUCAUCUUAACCGCCAUCAGAGAACUCAUACUGGAGAAAAACCCUAUGAAUGUAGUGUAUGUGGAAAAGUUUUCAGUAGCAAGUCAUCUGUUAUCCAACAUCAACGACGUUAUGCCAAAGAAUAACCCUGGGAAUAUUAUGAAUUUGGGGAAAACUUCAUUUAUCCUUUUCACUUUAUUCUAUUAUCAAUAUUUAAGUUGACCCCAUUGAAAUAUUAAGAUGGGGCUAUCUAUCUUAAAUGUUUCUUAAAUCUGCUACCCUUUCUGGUUAUUAUUCUGUUUUUUCUACUUUCUUUUGCCUCCUAAUUUCUUGAACAAAUGGCAUAAAGGUACCAUAUCAUAAAUUGAGACUGACAUCUUUUUUUUCUGAGACAGUUGGGGUUAAGUGACUUGCCCAGGGUCACACAGCUAGGAAGUGGUAAGUAUCUGAGGCCAGAUUUGAACUCAGGUCCUCCUGACUUAAGUCAGGACUGAUGCUCUAUCCACUGUACCACCUCACUGCUCCUAGACUGACACAUCUUAAAAGCAAAAUGAGGCUCUAAGGACACCACCAAAACCAGUCUUCUCUAGUCAUUGUUAGGGCUCAUCAAAAAGGGAAAAAUGGUGAGAGAACACAGAUACUGAAAGAGAAAUUCCUCAUAAACAUACAUGUUUCCUUAUCUGAUCAUAUGUAUUGAGCCCCAUACUAACUAAUGGGCUUAGAGCUCCAAGCUUUAAGCUUGGAAGCCUCCACCUAAAGCAGAAAGCAUCAGCCCUUUAAGAACCUGGAAACUUACAUCAGGACUAUAAAUACUUUCAGUCCAUUGUGAAAAAAGUACUCAGUCAACAUAAGAGCCUUCUAGCUCUUCUCAUAACUUCUUUCUGCUCUAACUCAACAACUAUCUUGGGAUUUAACUCUUGAUUCCUGAUUUGGCUCUUUCCAUAUGCUGAUUCUUAGGCUGCCAGGUUUAUUUGGACGUUGGCCCUUUUAAACUUCAGUUAACAUAAACUUCAGCUUUCAGAUCUCCUAUCUCUGAUCCACUGUUUAACAGCUUCGAGGCCUAUUCAGUAGUAAUAGAUAUGAUACUAAACUGAGCAAUUGCCUCUAAUUCCUAUCUAUUGCCUCUAGAUUCUUAUUCCUCAUUCAUAUUUUAACCCUUUAUGCUCUACUAAAACUUUUAAAAUUUAACUGUGAUUUUCUUUUAUCAAAAUUCAGUGGCCUAUUAUUAUUUAUUACCUGUUGCUUCUCUACUUCAUAUGACACUUUUAACUGCUGCUUUCAGACCAUACUUUCAUGACUCCCAUGUUAAUGGGACACUGUUCUUUUUUCUUUCUUGCUUAUAGCUAAUUUUUCUCUAAAGGUUGGCCUUUAUUUUCCUCUCUCCAAAUUUCUCCCUUAGGAAAUACUACUUAAUGAUUUGGGUCAACACCAUCAUGUUUAUCAUUCUCAGUUCAUCACUGAUGUUGCAGUCCUGCUAAUGAACACAAGUUAAGAGAUUCAUCUGGCCAGACAACAAAUCCCACCAAUAAACCAGCAUUCUCCCUGUUCUCCAUUUGUUCUGUACAUAGAACUUCAGCAGUAACUAGUCAAUCUCAUUGAAAGCUGUUUGAGUUUGAGUUUAUUUUCAUGCCAUUACACAUGAAUUUUGGCCAAGUAUAGGAUGCAAGGGGCACCAAGCUGCCAGAUUCAAGAGGCACCAAGCUGCCAGAUCCAAGGGGACAGACAAGAGAGCAUAUCCGUGAAUGUGAAGACAAGUCCAAUGGGGCAGGUGAAAGUGGGAAACCAGAUAUAUCAAAACCAUGAGAUGACUGGUUUGAAGAAGGUUCUUUGUUCUUUAUAACUGAUAUGAGUUGGCUUGUUAUAGAGCCAGGUCAUUGUGGCUUUCUUUUAAAUUGGCAGAAUGGGGUGACAGCCAUUCCUCCUUCUGGCAUCUUAAAGCUAAGUCUUUUAUGUUCUACCUUCUUGAUCUCUUACCUGUGCUCCUGUCAUCUACUCCUAACUACUGAGGUAAAUAUCAACCCCUUAAUCAUUUUAAACCCAGAAGACAAAGACUCAGAUUUCCUGGAAUAUUCCUUUGUGAAACAACUACUACUAGAAAUACAGGUUGGCAACUUCUGCACUUGUAGAAAUAAUAAUAGCUACACUGAUAUAGCACUUUAUACUUUAUAUACUUUACAGAUAUCUCAAUCCUCACCACAAUCUAGGGGUGUAGGGGCCAUUAUUCUCUCCAUUUCACAGAUAAGGAAAUGGAGGCAAACGGGUUAAGUGGCUUGCCCAAGGUCAUGCUGCGGCACAUUUGAAUGCAGGUUCUCCUGACUCCAGUGGUGCUCUGUGCACUAUGGCACACCUAGCUGCCCCAGAAUACUAAGAAGUUCAAUGGUAUACCGGGCUCAUACAGCUAGCUAGGAUGGUUCAAAGACAGGAGUGGAGCCUAGCUUGUCUUAAUCCGAAUGCCAGUUCUGUCCACUAUGCUGUGUUUCAUUUCAUUAUUAAUCUAACAAACACAUCAAAACCAAACUUGUUACCUUGGAUGUCCCAAAUCAGUCUGACUUCCCAAAUAGCCAUUUCUAUUUCUGGCCACGAUGUGCUAUUUCCUAGUUCAAAGGCUGGGUUCAUUUUGGACCAAGGCCAAGUUCUUUCCUUGCAUUCCAAUAAACACUGUCCAAUUAAGGUCCUUAGUCCCUCAUGUUGUUCUAUUGUGGACUUCCUAAAUUCUUUACCUUGAGGCUCCCAGUCCAUUCAUAUAGCUGCUUGGUUAAUUUUACAAAACACCACCAAGAUUAUUCCUCACUAGUUCAGAAACUUUCACAUGGUCUUUUCUGCCUAUAAGAUUAAGUUCUGACUCAAUUUAAUAUUCAAGUUCCACAAUCUGGUGCCACCCAGCCUAUCCAAUGUAAUUCCUCCUCUACCUAGAGCUCCAUGUUAAUCCCUGACCCUCCUCACUUGCACUGUUUCUGAUUUUUGGCUCACAGGAAUGGAUGUUUGUUUUGCCUGGAUUGUCCUCAUUAUCCCACCUCUGCCCACUACAAUCUUGCUGCUCCAAGAUUCACUCCAAAUUCUAGUUCUUCAUAAAACCCUUCCUGAUUCCUUCACCUGGAAACAAUUUCUCUCUCUUCUGCACUAUUCUAGCUUUCAUUUGUACACAGAAAGCCUUAUUUGUAUUAUUCCUUUUAUAGAGGCAGUGUGACAAAGUGGAGAGUUUUGUACUUUGAAGAAGAUCCGAGUUUGAAUCUUGUCCUUAACACUUUCUACUUGCUGGAUGAUCAGUCACACAUAAGUCACUUCCCUAACCCUCAGUUUGCUUAUCUCUAAAAUGUGGGGAAGGAGAUAAUAAUAUUUAUUUCACAGAGCUAUGAAGCUUGAGUGAGAAUGUAUAUAAAACUUUAUAAAAAGUAUUAUAUAAAUAAAUGGUAGCAAUUAUAUCCUGUCUUUAUUUUUAAUUAUUGUUAUACAGAAGAUCAUAGAUUUAGAACUAGAAAAAAAUCUUAGAGACUGUCUAGUCCAAUCCCUUCAUUUUACAGAUGAGGAAACUGAGGCAGGCCCCAAUCCCAUAUCAGUCUAAGUAACAAGUGGUAUAGUAUUUGUGUCAGUCAGAGUACCAAGUCCUUUAAUUUCAAAAUAACCUGAUUAGAAGGAGUCAGGACUUUAUUGUUUUCUCAGUGCCUUGAAAAUAGUUGGUGCUCAAUAAAUAUUUGUGGAAUAAA